UCAGAGCACAUCCUGAGUAAACUAUUUUUUUACUCCACUUCAGCGUCAUUUCAAUUUAUUUGUGGAAAAAUUAUGGAUGAAAAAAUUGAGGAUGCAAAUGAUGAUUCACCUGCCCAUCAAUCUAUGAUCGAUGAUACAGCUUCAACAUCUCGCGUGGAAAAAUUCAAAAAGCACCUUGUAUCAGUGGGACUCACCCUACCUCCAACCCGGUUCUUCGGUCGGGUUUUAACCCGAGGACUAAUUGUUGUCUUGAUUUGGGCGGUGUUAUGGUCCAUCAUUGGUGCCGAUGCUUUACCCGGGGGAAAUAUAUUUGGGAUAUUUAUAGUGAUCGUUGCUGCAAGUUUGUGUGGAUUCGUCGUUAGUAAAAUCCCCUACCUCCAUCUACCUCCUUUGCUGGGCAUGCUUGCCGCAGGAUUUCUUCUUAGAAACGUUCGCGGUAUAGAUAUGGCUCGUCAUAUCGACAAAAGCUGGUCGUCGACCUUGCGAAGGAUGGCUUUAGUUGUGAUACUCGUUCGUUCAGGGCUCGGGUUAAACACAGCUGCCCUGAGAAGACUGAAGUUUACUCUAGCUAGAUUAGCAUUUCUUCCUUGCAUACUAGAAGCUGUUACGGCUGCCGUACUGGUGCAUCUUUUUUUGGAUAUGAAGUGGCUCUGGGCUUUUCAACUUGGAUUUGUUCAAGCUGCUGUUUCUCUUGCUGUUGUAAUACCUUGUUUGUUAGAGCUACAGGAGCAGCAUUAUGGAGUCAAGAAAGGAAUACCCACCCUUGUGAUGGCUGCAGCCUCUUUUGAUAAUGUGCUCUGCAUAAGUGCAUUUGGAGUCUGCCUAGGAAUCGCUUUUGAUUCAGGUAACCUUAUAUUCAGUAUAUUCCGAGGACCAAUAGAGUUGGCUCUGGGAAUAACUCUUGGAUGCCUUGCUGGUGUAAUUUGCUGGUUCUUUCCUAAUAAGAAUGAGACUAACUUGCCUAACAACAGAGUGGUGAUUCUACUGUCACUAUCGCUGUUGUCAGUAUUUGGUAGUAAUGUGGCAAAGUUUUCUGGUGCUGGGGCUCUUGGGGUACUAACCAUGUCCACCAUUGCCGCUUAUGGCUGGACCCAGCAGGGCAAGGCCCCUGUAGCCAAAGUGAUGUCUCUAGUGUGGCAAAUGUUUGAACCACUUCUCUUUGGCCUUGUGGGAGCUGAAGUCAGUGUAGAGUACAUGAAUAGCAAGGUUGUUGGUAUGGGUAUUGCAAGCUUGGUUGUUAGUCUAGUUAUACGGCUCUUCACUACUUAUCUUGGCUUACUCGGUAAUGACCUCAAUUUGAAGGAGAGGCUGUUCAUCGCUAUAGCGUGGUCGCCCAAAGCUACUGUUCAGGCUGCCAUUGGUUCUGUAUCUCUGGACUUAGCACGGCAGAAGGGCUUCACAGGUCAAAUUGAAGAGGAGUUUGGAAUACUGAUUCUGACCAUUGCUGUUCUGGUUAUUCUUAUAACCUCACCUAUCGGCGCCAUAGGGAUUGUUUUGGCUGGACCUCGAAUGUUAGAGCGCAGUCUCCCUCAUGGAGUAGAGGUCGAUGGUGUUCAGCUAAAAUCUUCUGAUCCCAUGAAAAAGAGGGAGAGUAGAUUUCUAGAAAGCACCGUGUAAGAGUAUUUUAUUUAUUUUACGAUAGAACCAUACAAGUCAUAUAUGUCUUUAACAUACCAAAGCGAGAGAAGAAAAUAUUGUUAGUUUUGUUAUUAAUAAAUAUUUUUAGUGGCAAUUUACUAUACCAAGUAAAAUUUAAAAAAAAAAAAAAACUUACAGAAAUGGACAUGCACAUUUGCGCUGAUUUUGGUACGCAAUAAGAGAUAAAGUUGACGGCUUCACGUCUUCUAUGGGAGACGUUUUCAAAAAGCAUUCAUUAAAUAUUUCCUUAGAAUGAUGUGUUGCAGUUACAAAGCUUUGACCAGUAGCAUAUAACUUACUGAUCUUUGAGAAUUAUCUGCCAUAAUUCUUCUUACACCACUUAUUGACACUUGAAUACAAACGAAAUGUAAGAAUUGAAAUGAAAUACUUGACAUUGAAAGAGGUGUCAAAAUUAUUUAAAUAAACCAUCUUACUUAAUGACCGAAAAAAAGUAAGAUGAUAUAAAACUAGAGAAAAUUUAGAACGAAACCAAAAUCUAAAAGAACAAGAAACAUUAACAAGACCCAAACCAAAACAAAUGUCAAAACGAACAACGUAUUAACAACUAAAGUUGUGCUUCUGUUAAAUCGAAGAAAUCCAAACAAUCAAAUUUUGAUCGAUUUCUUUUUCACUGUUUUGAAAACAUUAGCAGAAAUUAAUGCAUAAACAAAAUAAAUUAAACGACAAUGCUUGUAGCAGAUUGGAUCUCACCGUCAAAGUCAUACAAAUAAGAAUAAAUAUGAGGUUAAAAGCUUU